AUGGGACCACCCACGCACACUUCACGCGCAAGGUCGUCUGACGAUCGCUACUUCUGUGGUCUCACACGGUCAGUCAAGCAAAUGUGUCAGCAAAACCGGAUCACACCUGAGGCGGAGAACAACGUAGAAGUAAUUAUGGCCGACAUUGGCCUUCUCAUUCAUGCCUUCUUCACACCCAUUGUGAUACUGGUCGGUCUGGUGGGCAACUAUCUGUGUCUGAUGGUGUUCCGCGUCAAGAGGCUUCGCUCAUCACCUACCGGAAAUGCCUGUGCAACAAUUCUUUCGGCGUUGUCAGCUGUCGACCUGCUGGUCCUUAUUUGUCACAUCCUUCCUGAAUGGAUAUAUAAUGGCCUUCCUGUUCUGAAGCAGCAUUUCUACCAAUCCCAGGAUUUCGUGUCUCAUUCGAACAAGCACACAGACCUCCAUGAGAUGGAUGCCAACCGGUCGUUUUCCAACCUGUCUUCUACAGAUUCAACCCCAAGUAUUAAAAUCAGCCCAGUUAGUGAGCCUAUUCAGUUGCUGUACAAACCCGGCUUGUUUCAGAUCUACAUCACAAUCACCUAUGUGUUACGGAUGAUGUCAGUGUGGCUGCUCGUCCUCUUCACCAUCGAACGCUACAUCGAAGUAUGUUGCCCUUUGAAAAACAGCCUUUUUCGUACCCGUCACAAAGUGAACGGCGCCAUCGGUUUAGUUCUCGGUUUGACUCUACUUACUUGCUCCUACAAACCAAUUCUCAGCUGCAUUGUGGACUCACGUUAUGCACCCGCGGAUAUCGAAACAACCGGUCGAUCUAAAAGUGCAACCGCAGAAACAAUCGUUGAAUCGAAUGUCAUGACAACCAGCACGAAUGAGACCUUUCAUGUUCCGGUGACAUCAAAAAUACCAACCGAUUUGGAAACUCAUGAGGGCGCUAAACUUGCAUUUGUUCUAGACUCUUGUUAUGCCUUUUUACUCACCGUUCUCCCCUUGUUCAUCAUUUCUGGUCUCAGUCUCGGUAUCAUUACACACUUGUCACACCACAAUAAGCUGCUAUGUAUGGCUAUUCAAACAAAUUCAACCGGAAUACCUCAAACUACAGUCAGUACUAAGACAUCAGCUGAACAGAUCACUUGCUGCCAGAAAUGGAACGUCUGUGGCUGUCUGAUACGUUUCAAGAAUUCCGUUUCUGAUUGCGGACAAACAAAUGGACAUAGUCAGACCUCGAUGAAUAAUAUUGCAUGUACUUAUCCUGGGAGAUAUAAUACUCCAGUGCCGUCCAAGUCUUCAUCGUCCUACAGCCAGGCAACCUAUCCCAAUCGUGGCAAUCACAUCCGCAGUUUGACAUGUAACUGCUCUGCCAGUCAACAAGAAAGCACCAUCCCAUCAGAUUCAUGUAUUAGAAACAUGGGAUGCAGCAAGUGUCGCACGAGUAGGCCAGUGAAAGGGGCCAAAAAAGUCACAACACUACCUCCGAUGGGUAUUCAAACGGAAUGGUCAGCGUACCGAGCUCGCUGGGGUGACCACUUGGGGCGUCAGUUUGUUUUAACCCUAUUCGCAAUCUCGGCCUGCUUUCUUCUGUUGAAUGUCCCCUAUUUGAUUAUGUGGAUUUGUCGGUGGUUCCAGGUACGCCGAUCCCUUUACGAUAUGGAAUCCAGUGAAACGAUGGACAAAUUCAGUCAGCAAAUUGCAGGACCUGUAGAUAUCGCAGACCUGACUAAAUCACUGGUACGUACAAUAAUGGACCAAGCUCAGGCACACAACAAAUCUGGUGGGUCACUUGCCAUUCAUCCGGAAGGACAAUUUGAUUGGCUACAAUUCGCUCUGCCCAUCAGCCGGACUAUAUUUUCUUUCAACUAUUGUGUGAAUAUUUUUUUGUACAGCCUUGUUGGUAGAUAUUUUCGAAGAGAACUUGCUCGACUGGUUUGGGGGUGGAAAUACGCCGUGGUUUCUCGUCUUCGCCCCAAGCAAGCUCGGCGCAUGGCCAAACAACACCAACAAGGUCUUGCCUACAAUCGAAACAGGAUUCGGGUAAACGUGUGGUGUAAAAAUGUUCCAACUGGAGCAAUUCCGCUGGAAGUGAUGAGACCAGACUCGCGAUUCUGGUAA